GACUUGAUAGUCGGAACACCUCAGAAUACAGACCGAGGAAAGUAGGAGGACUGCGAGAGAAGCCGGACUACCUCCUGGAGCACAGCAUCAGCACCCAGAGGACGGCAUCAUUUCUGGGAUUGCUUCAUUCCUGCAAUCCAGCUGACAUUGAUUGCCCCCUGCAGCGGUUUUGUGUUAGGAAUUGUGCGCGGUGUUUUGAAUGCCUCGAACAGCUGCAGCAGUCUUCGCGGUGCUGACCGCCUGCCUCUGGUGCUCACCCGCUCUGUGUGCUGUAGGAAGAACCCUCCAGCAGCUCAAUUACCGACCAAUUAUCGGUGUGUUGGCACAGGAAAACCUUCCAUGGGACCAGUUUGCUCGUGGGUCUUCUUACAUAGCUGCCUCCUAUGUCAAAUACUUAGAGGCUGCUGGGGCCAGGGUUGUACCUAUUCGAAUCAAUCGCACAGAAGAAGAGUACGCCAAGAUAUUUAACUCAAUAAACGGGUUGUUGUUGCCAGGUGGAGAUGUAGAUCUUCAGACGUCACAGUUCAGUCGAGCUGCCAAGAUCUUUUACAACUUGGCUCUGAAGGGCAAUGAUGCUGGAGACUACUUCCCUAUUUGGGGAACCUGCCAGGGCUUCCAGCAGCUCACUGUCCUGACUGCCAACAAAAACCUCCUCACGCUUACUGAUACCAAGGCUGUGGCUCUACCUCUGACACUCACAUCAGUGGCCCCAUCUAGCCGAUUAUUCCGGAAUUUUCCCAAAGAUUUGCUGCGGUCUUUGGCUAGUGAAAACAUCACUGCAAACUUCCACAGUUGGAGUCUCUCCAUGCAGAAUUACAGUCGAAAUGCCAAACUCAGGAGGUUUUACAAGAUCCUGUCCACUAACAGUGAUGGAAAGAAAGAAUUCAUCUCUACCAUGGAAGCCAACCAUUACCCAUUUUAUGCUGUGCAAUGGCAUCCAGAGAAAAGUCCUUUUGAGUGGGUAGAUAAGCCAGGAAUGAUUCAUUCUGUCUCCGCUGUAAGGGCCAGCUUCUACACUGCCAGCUUCUUUGUUUCUGAAGCCAUGAAAAACCACCAUCAUUACUCCAGUCCUGAUGAGGAAGACAAAGCUCUCAUUUACAACUUUUCUCCCAUUUACAGAGGCUUUGAUGCUGUUUUUGUGCAGAAUUAUUACUUUGAUUGAUGAUCAGUGCUGAAAAGGAACCACACCUGGUCACAGCCUAGUCCAAGUUUGUCAAAUCUUGGUUAAUUUUCUGGUUUAAACUUGAUAGAGUUUCAACGUACAGUGGCCUAAGAAAUCAAGUCACAGAUAAAAUGCAGAAAUGAAACUGUGAUUAAAAUGUAGUGAUAGAUGAUAGCUGAAAAUAUGUCAGAAUGCAAAUAAAGUCCCAAAUAAUUAAUUUAAUAUGGAAAACUGCUAAGAGAAAACAUACAAACAUAAAAAUAAAAAAGAAAUGCUCAACAAGUGUAUUUUUUUUUUUUCUCCUGCAGUAUUUUCAAGACAUGUUGUUAACACUGGUUUUGAUCCAAAUAAACCUUGCAAUUUUGGGGGGGGGAGUUACUAGUCGGGUCAUUUUUAUUCCAGAAUGUGUUUAAGCCACCUGCAGGAUCCUUAACGUAUGCUGUUAACCUUUUUUUUUUUUUGUUUGAUUUUCAUUUAUUUAGUACUUUUACUUUAUUUUUUGACAGCAUUGCUUGGGGGUUAGGAUCUAUUAAGAGACCAUUUUUGGUAUAUAGGUAGUUGUCUUAUCUGAAUCGUUUGGAUAAACCAAGUCUGGGAUCAGUAAAUUCCUAACUUCCAAUGUAUUUUUCCUUCUUCCGGAUGUAUUUCUUUGAGCUUACAGCACUUAAAAAUGAGUAGAUACCUUAACAGAGCAAGUAGAUGCAAAUUUCUUUAUGUAUUUACUCAAGAUAUUAUUUAAGUAUAUAUUUUAUAACCAAAGACUAAAAAGAUGAAAUGGGCAUGAUCAAUAAACACUGACUCACCAAUUUUUUAUGUUGAUGUUUAUUAUUUGCACAGUAUUAUUGACAGUUAUGAACAAACUGUUGUUACAAUAAUACAAUACAAUAAUUUACAGCAACCCAUCCUCUAACAUCAGUGUGUAGUUCAGAUUUUUAUUCAUGUCAUCCAGCAUAUGUCAUCAAAAAUUAGAUUUUAACUACCAUCUCAUUUUGAAGUACAGUGGUCCCUCGUUUAUCGCGGGAGUUAUGUUCUAAAAAUAACCUGCGAUAGGUGAAAUCUGUGAAGUAGCCAGCUUUAGUGUUUUACAAUUAUUAUAGAUGUUUUAAGUCUGUAAAACCCCUCACAACACACUUUAUACACUUUUCUCAGACAGGCAUGAACAUUUUUACACUUUUCUCUCUUGUUUAAACACUCUGAAAGUUCAAACCUUCGUAGAAAAAUGAGUCCAGUAUUAUAUAAUGAAACCUAAGGCACCCGUGAUUGACUUUGACGGUACCAAACGUUUCGUCGACAUUGUUGUGUUUGUUGGGGAGAAAACUUACAAACAUACUGUACAGCACUUCAGAGUCACACUGUUAGCGA